UUUAUCUUGGCUGUGUCUUCUUUGUAAGAGUGCAGAACAAACAGUUUUGCAACUGUUCAACUUCCUUUGCUGAACUUGUUUGUUGAAACAAAGUUCAGAGGCAGUUUGAGCUCUGGACUGAAAGGAAUUUGGUUUGGAUGGAGAAGAAGCAUUGAAAAAUCAAAUAAUGCUCACUGGAAUGCAGCAGCAAUUCAGCAGACACAAUUCAUUAUGAAUCUGAGCUUGUGUUCAGAUAAUAAUAAUUAAAAUAUUGCUUGAUUUAUCCCCACUGGACUUUUUUUCCAAAUAGGUGAUUUCCUAGCUGGUAAGAAAUCCAUUGUUCUACAUUUAGCUCCAGUUAAACCCGUGAUUUGUGGAUCUACAUAAAGAUUGUUUAAAUUCUCUAAUUCAAGGCCCAGAUUUCUCUUUUCACAGUCAUGCUGACUGUGGCACAUCUUUUUAUCACAACAGGUUGAGACAAAAGAGAGCUUUAGGGAAGAUAAGGAAGGAACUGUCCAGAUUUUCCCAUGGAAUUCAUGUAAAACAGAAAUGUGUUUGGAAUUAAAGCAGUGACUGCUUUGGCCAACUGGGUGUGGGAGUCAGCAUCUUCUGAGUCAGAGGCAUGACCACAAAAAUGCCUUAAAACAAGAACAGGAAGUUUCUUUUUAUUGCACUCAAAGCAAAAGGGAGGCUGAAGGGUCUUGAGAAAAAAGAAAAUUAGAGGAGUCAGAACAAAACUUCAAGUGUUUGGAAGCACUGUGUGGAAAAGAUGGGAAUGAUGAGAAGCUGGGUUAAUCAAGGAAAAGAAUCCUGGAUGCAGUGAGAGCCAGGCAUUAAUACAGAGUUUCACUUUCCAGUGUGCCUCACCUUUCUGUCUGCAGCUGUUUGCAGCCUGCCUGAGAGAAAGGGGCUUCCUUACAACCUCCAGAUGGACUCCCACAAUUUCCAGCACGUUUUGUCCUGGCAGGCAGAACAUGACCCAGCUGUGCCAGCAUCCUACAACGUGCUCUACAAAGACUACAGGAGCCAGGACUGGAUGAGUGCUCAGCAGUGUUCAGGCACUGCCCAGCUCUCCUGUGAGCUGACAGAGGAGUUCAAGGCCAUAUAUACUGAGUAUUCUGUGUUUGUUCAGAGCAUUGGAGGAGCUCAGCUGCUCAAUUCUUCUCUGCUGCGUUUUGUGCCAUUCGCUGAGACAAUUCUGGGACCACCAGAAGUGAAUGUCACUUCCUGUCUAAACUGCCUCAAUGUCACCAUAAAGCUGCCAGCCUCUCACUUCAGACAGAAUGGGAAGCUGCAGUCUUUAAUUGAUAUCUAUCAAGAGCUGGAUUAUGAUAUCACCCUGAAGUCACAGGAUGGAGAGCACAAGAGGCCACGGCAGAGAACCACUGCAGAGGUGUUCAGUGUUGUCAUUGAGGAGUUGUAUCCCAGCAGGAAUUACUGCCUGUCCGUGGGGGUCACUGCAUCUCUGAACAAGAAUUCUGUGCCCUCCCCCUGGAAAUGUGUCACUGCAGACUCAGAGGCUCAGCAAGAGUACCAUGAAGCUGCAGUGGCAGGUGCUGUCUGUGUUGCACUGAUCAUUGCUGCAGUCCUGAAGUGUGUGCAUGCAGCAGGUUUCAUUUUCCCAAAGUUCUCCCUUCCUCAGACCCUGGCAUUCAUCAGGAAGUUGGCCUACUCCCCGUGGGUGUCCGUGUCAGAAACAGUGGAACUGAACUCGGUGGAGAUCAUCCUCAGAGAGGUGAAGAGCAAGGCCAGGGGCUGCACAGGCAGUGCCAGUGACGACAGUGACAGUGACGACAGUGACAGUGGUGCCCCGUGUGACCACGACUACACCAGGCGGGGCAGGCCGGGCAGGGGCAGUGUCCCCCGGGGCUGUGCCACCCCCAGCAGCCCAGAGCAGUACUCAGCGAGCAGCACCUGUGAGCCCAGCAGCCCCCAGGCUGGGCACACGCCAGCUGCUGAGCCCCAGGAGCCCCAGGGCCACCCUGCAGGGCACAGGGACACGGGGAGCGAGCUGCUGAGCCCUCUGUGUGGGGACGGCCCCGAGCCCCAGGGGGACAGCGGGUGCUUCACCAUCAGCCUGCACACGGUGCUGCUGGGCACCCUGGAGCAGGAUGGGCACGGCCCUGCAGCUGCUGCCCCAGCCCAGGAGGAUGCAGGGGACUGGCCCUGUGCUCAUGGUGGGCAGGCAAAGCUGCUGCAGGACACGGCAAGUGGGCAGGGAGCACCUUGUGCUAACGACUUCCACGAGUGGCAAAACUCCUCCUCUUCCUCUGAGGAAAGCGACUCUUUGGACUCAGACACAGAGCAAGUAACCGGCUACAUGAGGAGAUGAAGAAGGGAGAACUGCUUUUACUUUAUAACAUAGCAAUCAGUGUUGUCCAACUCUUAUUUCUGGGCUGAACACACAGAUCUUGUCCUUUCAUUAACAUCCUGUGGUGUGGGAUCCUGCAGAAAGAGCUGGGGGUGUUUGUCUGGAGAAGGAUCCAGAGAGACCUUAGAGCUCCUUCUGUGCCCAAAGGGGCUCCAAAGGAGGGGCUGUGGACAAGCUGUGGAGGGACAGGACAAGAGGGAAUGGCUUCAAACUGACAGAGGGCAAGUUUGGAUUAGAAAUUGGUCCCUGUGAGGGUGGGGAGAGACAAUUUCCAAGGCCUGCAGGGACAGGGCACAGGGAAUGGCUGCCAGUGCCAGAGGGCAGGGCUGGGUGGGAUCUUGGCAGUGAGGAAUUGUUCCCUGGCAGGGUGGGCAGGCCCUGGCACAGGGUGCCCAGAGCAGCUGGGGCUGCCCCUGCAUCCCUGGCAGUGCCCAAGGCCAGGCUGGGCACUGGGGCUGAAGCAGCCUGGCGCAGUGGGAGGUUGGUCUCCCAACCAGACCGCUUUUACAAUUUUUUUAUUCUUUAUCUCUGUCAAUGGAUUUUUGUGAAACCUGUUCUGCUGGCUGGAUAUUGUAUUUGUGCAGAGAGCACUGAUCAAGUGGAAAAAUGGGGGCAGAGACAGGAACGCUCAGCCGACAAAGGAGUGGAUCGAGGCAUUAAUACAUUUCUUGUAUUUAUUUUUGUAUAAUUUUGUACAAUUACUGAUUCAUAUUAAAAUAUU